AUGUACAUUUCUCAAAAGCUGGAUCAUCCAAUUACUGCUGUAUCCUCUGUAUUCAAUACUUUAUCUUGCAAGUAUGGUCGUUACGCUUGUGUGAUUGGCUUAAGAAACACGUUAAAGCCCAGCACUAUACUAGUAAAAGAAAUCUCAUUGACGUUGAACCAGAGAAUUACCAAAAAAGAAACUUGCGUUGAUAAUAUAUCUGUCUCCACUACACGAGACAUCAUUGCAUUCACAGUGAUGGCUGAUAAUCUCUAUACUCCACAUCAACCAAAAUUGGCGGUAGAAAUUAUCAAAAUCUUGCAACCUUUGGUGACAAUAUCUGCAGAGUGCUUUGGAAAGAACAAUAAAGACCCCGAACACAGCAGAGAUGACACUCUAAAAAACGCGCUACCCAACGCCAGCUUCGCAACGGCAUCAAGUUUAUUGUCUUUUGCCGUCAAAUCUAUCUGUACUACGAUUACAUUGUUUAUCACAGCUCUUGUUCCUGAAAGCAUUGGUAGCUUUUUGCAUCAAGAAUGCCGCUCCGCCGAAGUCCCCGUCCAUUACGAUGAACGAAUUAAAUGGAUGAAGGUCUUUGAACUUGUUUCAAAACUGGUUAUGAUACUAAGAAAACAAGCGUUGAUAAUUGAUCAGCUGCAAAAAGAACAAUCUGGUAUCAUUCCCAUCGACAAUGUUGAAACUGUACGAUUUGUACUUUCCUAG